AUGAUUAUGAAGCUUGCCGACCAUAUUGUACGGCUGCUGUUCAUCAGUAGCAUUUCUCUCUCUCGUGAGAUACCCAAAAAGGAUCACUCGUCCAAAAGGUAUUUCGCGAUUGAAAGUAAUUGGUCACCCUCCAAACUUUUGGAACUGCACCCUGAGUGGGCUUUCGAGCACGAAGUGCGCGGCUUGCCUGAUCACUAUGUUUUUUCGGAAAGACUUGAGCAAAUUUUGAAGCGGAGCAACUUACCAAGCGAGACUGAAGGCGUUAUUUCAUACCAUGCUCUGCCGCCUAAAAGGUUACAUAAGAGGAUACCCGUACCGGCACCCCCUAUUGACUCUAGCUUGAUUCCACUUCAGAACUUGAAGGAUCGUUUACACAUAGAAGAUCCUCUUUUUGAUAAACAAUGGCAUUUAAUUAAUACCAACUUUCCCGGAAAUGAUGUUAACGUCAGUGGCCUGUGGUUUGAAAAUAUUACGGGCCACAAUGUGGUUGCAGCAAUCGUGGAUGAUGGACUUGACUACGAGAGUGAAGAUUUGAAGGACAAUUUUAGUGCAGAGGGAUCGUGGGAUUUUAACGACAAUAGUCCACUUCCAAAGCCGCGUUUAAGUGAUGAUUACCAUGGGACUAGAUGCGCGGGGGAGAUUGCCGCGGUUAAAAACGAGGAGUGCGGUGUCGGUGUAGCAUACGACGCAAAUGUCGCAGGAAUCCGAAUUCUGUCUGGUGAAAUUACUUCAGAAGACGAGGCUGCUUCAUUAAUAUAUGCUUUGGACGUCAACGACAUUUAUUCGUGUUCUUGGGGCCCAUCUGACGAUGGCCGUUCUUUACAGGGUCCAGAUGAACUUGUUAAGAAGGCCCUAGUUACUGGAAUUUUGCAAGGCCGACAAGAAAAAGGAGCGCUCUACAUUUUUGCCAGUGGGAACGGCGGAAUGUUUGAUGACAAUUGUAACUUCGAUGGGUAUACCAAUUCGAUAUACUCUAUCACUGUUGGGGCCAUUGAUCACAAGGGUCUACAUCCCCCGUAUUCCGAAUCCUGCUCUGCGGUCAUGGUUGUCACUUACUCGUCAGGUUCGGGGGAACACAUACAUUCAACAGAUAUAAACGGCCGUUGUAGUGAUACACAUGGUGGGACAUCGGCUGCGGCUCCGUUGGCCGCCGGCAUCUACGCUCUGGUUCUCGAUGCAAAUCCGACCCUGACUUGGAGAGAUGUCCAGUACUUAUCGAUAUUGUCUUCGAUAGAAAUAAAUGACAACGACGGUGAUUGGCAAGAAGGUGCUCUAGAAAAAAGAUAUUCACACAAGUACGGUUUUGGUAAACUCGAUGCUUAUCGGAUCGCUGAUAUGGCACGAUCGUGGGUAAAUGUUAACCCUCAAGCUUGGUUUUACCUGCCAACCCAAAGAGUUGACAAGGUUACCUCCAACCACAAUGCAGUAGAGUCGUUUGUCAAGAUCACGGCAGAUGAACUAAAAGAUUCCAAUUUCAAACGAGUGGAGCAUAUUACCGUCACAGUUGAUAUCGAAACUUCAUUCAGGGGUCACACGGUGGUAGAUCUAAUUUCUCCUAGUGGAAUGGUAUCUUACCUAGGUGUUGCAAGAAGAAAUGAUGAUUCAAAGGAUGGCUUUGUUAAUUGGACGUUCAUGUCAGUCGCACAUUGGGGUGAAAGUGGCGAAGGAGAGUGGAGGAUCAGAACUCGCUCUACGGACAAAGAAGAGAAAAAUAUCAUAAAUUUCAAGAGCUGGCGGUUGAAGCUUUUCGGAGAGUCUCUAGAUGCUUCUAAAGCUGAAAGGUUUGCAUAUGGCAAUGAUAAAGAAGGCAACGAGGUGGCAGGUACUGGAUCAAAAAUUCCUACCUCAGAAACACUUUCCUCUUCACCUUCAGUCAGCACCUAUUCUUCGAGUACCAUAUCCCCUAUGAUUACAACCCUCGUGGCAACGCCCGUUUCUUCAUCAGAUGUCGCGGGAGAUGUGAAUAAACCAAAUCGUUUACCGCCUCCAUUUGAAGGAAUGCGCUAUUUCAUCGCCAUCUUUAUAAUAGGCGCUGGUGCUCUUCUAUUUUAUUUCUUCUUCUUCGUGAGAUCGAGAAGAAUUAUAAGAAGGACUCGUGCUGAGACUUACGAAUUUGACAUCAUUGACACCGAUUCAGACAACAGUUCCUCACUCAAUAACACUUCUCACUUUGGCCCAUCAGAUGCCGCCGAUAUCGAUAAUUUCGAUUUUGACUUAUCCGAUGAAGAUCUUCUCAGGAGUGCUUCCGGGUCACCCAGUCCAGUGCCCAAAGGAGAAUCUACUCCAAAGACAAGAACUAUGGAUGAAAUUUUGCAAAAUACAUCUGAGGAAGAGGAUCCGAGCUCACGCAAGUUUGAUAAUGCUGCAUCUCGCGAGGAUCCUCCCAAAUAG